AUGGCCAAGCGUCAACCUAGAGCCCAUCAAGGACGUACCGGAGCAACGGGCCACCACACUCGCGGCAGUCAUCAGGAGCAACCACGAGCCGGAAGAACUCCUCAGGUUCUCGUCAUUACACCAAUUGCUGAGAGUGACUUCCUGGUGCUUGCGUUGGCGUCACCGCAGUCGCUCAGUCAGAUCUGUGGACAAUCAGCUCUUCUCCCAGCCGAACUCGAUGCAGCACUCCUUCAAUGGAUUCGCAGGAGGUCAGAUGACCUUGGGAAUGCUUCGCCUCCGGUUCUGGAUUCCACAAGGCCGAGCGGUGGUCAAGCGAUGGCUGCAUCAGUGCGUGACAUGCACUCGGUGGAGGGCUGCCACUCCACAACCGAAAAUGGGAAAUCUUCCUCCAGGAAGACUCCAAGGCCGUUCACCUUGAGGCUGUUUCAGCAUACACCACCGACGCCUUUCUGGCUGCUUUCCGUCGAUUCACAUCUCGCCGAGGACUUUGCACGGACAUCCACCCCGACUGUGUUUUCGGGCGCCGACCGGCAACUUCGAGAGAUGCUCCGAGCCUCCUCGUCAGAAGAACGAAAGAUCGCACACGUCGCUACAUCAGAAGGGAUCCAUUGGCAUUUUAACCCCCCUUCGGCACCACAUUUUGGUGGACUCUGGAAGGCGGCCGUAAAAUCUGCUAAGUAUCACCUGCGCCGAACCAUCGGCGAAACCAGGCUCACCUUCGAAGAAAUGAGCACCCUGCUUGCACAAGUGGAGGCAUGCCUGAACUCCCGGCCCAUGCAUGCCCUCUCAGACGACUCCGACGACCUCACGGCUCUGACACCAGGUCACCUGCUCAUCGGGGCACCACUGCUAGCCAUUCCCGAGCCUUCCUUGUCGGACAAGAAGGAAAGCUUGCUUUCCAGACACUAA